AGAUGUGUUUUGUCACUGCAUCUUGAAUUAAUGAUUCUCUGUGGAAUUGAACAGCUUCAUUAAACCGUUAGUGAUUAAACUGUUUAGGAGAUGCAUGAAUAUCGAGUUAAGGUGUUAUGGAUUAAAAAUGUACAUUGACGCGUUUAGGUCUAGGUCAUAUUAUAAACCUAGUCGUAUAUGUUUCAGCUUAACCUGUAUUCACACACUGCUCUUGCAAUAAGAAUCAAAUUUAUUAUUCUAACAUAGAUUUCACCAACGAAAUUAUUUAUAGUGUUUUGCAGCAAACAAAUGUUCGUUUUUAAAUCUCUGUGGAACGGUAAGUCAACAAUUAUAUGUAUAAACAAGGGCGCCGUAUCGAUUGUUGUAAGAGAUACGUGUUUGAUUCAUUACCGCUUCUACCUGCAAGGUAAAUGUAAAAAUGGACUACCUAUUCAGAAGAAAAAAGAAACGCAUAUCAUAUGAAACCCUCAUGCAACUAGCAUUUCCGAAAGCAACGGUAGCGAUAAUCACGAGCACCAUAGGGGAUAGAACGUUAUUUGAAGAAACGUACAAUCGAUUUACUGGCGUAAGGGAUUCCGAAAAUUUUAUUCACGACGACACUAUUCCUGCGAUUAUCGGGAGACUUGGCGAAACUGUAAGCCAAACCAAGUGGAAGUUAAAGAAAACUUUUAAACGCAACAAAGAAGACGUCGUAAGUGCCGUCGUAAAGUUACUGUGGAUAUUAUGUGUCAUUUUGGCAAUAGUUAUUAUAGCCCUUCUUAUUAAAAGAUCUCCUAAACCGAUAUGUUUAACCCAGGGAUGUAUAAAAUCUGCCCAUUAUGCUUUGAAGUACAUGGAUACUUCAGUUGAACCUUGCACGAACUUUUACGAUUUCGCUUGUGGUGGAUUUAUAAAAAAAACCAUUGUAGAUCCACCGCACUUGGAAGUGAAUAUAUUUUCUAAAAUGACAAACAUUGUAAACCAACAACUAAAAAGUCUGAUUAUUGAGCCUCUACCACAAAAUCUUACAAGGCCCUAUCAACUCUUGAAGACGAUGUGUAACCUGUGCCAUAACGAAACCCAGAAAGAGGGAGUGAAAGUCAUCGAAGAAAUACUGGCACGAAUAGGUGGAUGGCCUAUGAUGAAGGGAAGCAAGUGGGAUAUUAACAGUUUCCAUUGGGCGGAUAUGAUACUGAAAUUGAAAGAUUUUGGACUUCCGUAUUCGCAUUUCUUUUCCGUAAAUGUUGAACAUUAUCUAGAUGAUAAUAAUACCUUACAAAAUAUAAUACAGUUAAAGACGUCGGGUAUAUCAUCUUCAAUCAAAAAUGAUACAUAUUUAUAUGAUAUUGUAAAAUUGUUUGACCUUGAAGAAUCGAAGGCAGCUGAAGAUAUACAGAGCGUUGUGCUAUUUAUGAAUAACUUGUCUACGAUAUUCAAAUCACCCAACAAUAGAGAGAUGGUAAUAGAAGAUAUGAUCAACGUAAACAAUAUACUGCAAGGGGAACAUUGGCUUUCUUUCUUUAAGAACCUAUUUAAAAGGUCACAAGAAGAAAUUCUACAGAAAUCACCCCUUAUUGCUUUUCCUCCGACCUUAAAACAGUUGCUGAACUUGCUUAAUGAAACCAAUAAAAGGGUACAAGCGAACUAUUUGUUUUUUGAAACGGUGAUCUGGAUGUUCCAUUAUGCGGAUGACCAUUUAAGGUACAUAGGGCAAAGAAUAUCAAAUGCGAGAAAUCCGCCCCGCUGGUAUGAGUGUUUUCAAGAUAUGCAUAAAAGUCUAAACUUGCCAUUGUACUCUUUGUACGCGAAAAAAUAUUUUAGCAAUGGCACAAAAAAUGCUGUAGAGGCACUAAUUGUAAACAUACGCACUGAACUUCUAAAACUUAUUGAAGCUUCAAAAUGGUUAGAUGCAGAAACUAAAAAGAAUGCAGUUGAAAAGGCGCUAUCUAUGGCAUCUUAUGUUGGAUAUCCACCUCCCUUAGAAGAACCCGGUGUAUUGGAUGCUUAUUACAAAGAGUUAAAGAUCGAUACCAGUAGCUAUCUCAAAUCAAUUAUGUCUAUCACAAUCUUUAACAGCAACAAAACUUUUAACAAACUGUUCCAAUCAAAAGAAGAAACUAAAUGGAUUACACACGCCGAUACCACAGUUAUUAAUGCAUACUAUAUGCCGUCACAAAAUUGUAUAGAUAUAUCAGUUGCGAUAUUGAAUGAACCGAUCUUUGGUACAAAUAGACCUUCCUACAUAAAUUAUGCGAAAGUUGGCAUGAUAAUUGGUCACGAAAUGAUGCAUGGAUUUGACCAUAAGGGCUCCAAAUAUGACAAAAAUGGAAAUCUUGCAAAUUGGUGGAGUAAAGAAUCACUGCAGAACUUUGUACGGAAAGCAAAAUGUAUAGAAAAACAAUAUUCAAAUUACACAUUUCCAGGAUUACACAGAAAAGUCGACGGUAAACAUACUCUAGGUGAGAAUAUUGCGGACAAUAUAGGAUUGCAAAUUGCGCAUCUUGCAUACAAAACUUGGAGGGAGAGUAACGAGCCCGAAAAUAAACUUCCUGGAUUAAACUACACUCGAAACCAGCAAUUUUGGAUAUCAUUUGCUCAGACGUGGUGUCAAAAGCUGCAAGAUAACUAUCCGGGUAAUGUAUUUGACGUACAUUCACCACCAAGAUACAGAGUUAUUGGUACCUUGACAAAUCUUCGAGAAUUUGCUAGGGAUUUCAAAUGUCCCAAACAUUCACCAAUGAAUCCUCCACAAAAGUGUGACUUUUGGUGAGAUGCAAACCUACACCUUUAAAAGAUAUUUGCAAGUUGUUGUUAUUUUGUUGAGAAAUGUAUUAUUUGUCUAAAUGUUCUAUAUUCGUUGCAAAAUAUAUCCAUGUGUAUCAAUUAAUUUUACAUUGUACUUCAACGUCGAAUUCUUAAUAUCUAUCGAACAUAUUAAUAGAAAAGUAAAGUAAUGGUCGAUAAUUCGAAAGAAGAGUUUUGGUGCAAUUCGCAAGUACAAAAAGGAGAGGGAUUCAAUCUACUGUAACGCGAGGGUGGAAAAUAUCGUAGGUUCCGUACCUCGGGGUUUGCAAACGCACGAGAUGGUUUUCUCCGUUGUUAUUCGUCUUAUAAAGCUGACGAGUAUUUCAUAGACGCGAAUUUUUUUGAUACGAAAUUCGAAUAUUUGCAAAAAGUUGACUACAAAAUUGCGAUAAUCGCAUGUAUGAAAACUAGACUUAUUAUUGAGAAGUGUGACGUUUGUGACACGAGCGAGCUUGCAAACGAGUGGAGCAAGUGAUCCGAUUAAAUAAGAAAUUUGUUUUUUUGUACAUAUGGCGAUAUACGGUUGCCAAUUCCAACGUCUCCGACGAUUGCAUGGAUUGCGAAAUCUGCGAAUAUGUUUUUCAGAUAUUACUUAUCGAAA